UGGCUAGAAGGAGGCGCGCGAUUGAACAGCCGCUGGGGUUCGAACCAGCAAGACAAGCGGGCAUUGGCCACAGCAGCGCGAGGCGGGUACGGGGUAUUGUCCGGCUCCGGCGGCGGCGGUCGGUGCUGCGAGAGCGGCGGCGGCGGCGCUGGUCGGCAGCGGGAGGGCGCGCGGCCGAGCGGAGGCAGAGUCGGCGCCGAGAACAUGGCUGGAGGCAAAGCUGGAAAGGACAGUGGGAAGGCCAAGGCUAAGGCAGUAUCUCGCUCACAGAGAGCUGGGCUACAGUUUCCUGUGGGGCGCAUCCACAGACACUUGAAGACUCGCACCACAAGCCAUGGAAGGGUGGGUGCCACUGCUGCCGUGUACAGUGCUGCGAUUCUGGAGUACCUCACUGCAGAGGUGCUGGAGCUGGCAGGUAAUGCUUCUAAGGAUCUCAAAGUAAAGCGUAUCACUCCGCGUCACUUGCAGCUUGCAAUCCGUGGUGAUGAAGAGUUGGAUUCCCUUAUCAAGGCUACCAUAGCUGGGGGUGAGAAGAGAAGGUGUUCUUAGAUCAGAAGAUGUCAUUGUAUUAGGUGACUGCAAGGUUUUGCUGAUCUAGUGAAACAAGACUCUACUGGGAUGUGUGCUGAGCUGAACCAAGGAACCACCCGAAUGUGCUGAACAAGGACAUUUGCUUCUCAGAUACGUGAAUUCAAUUUUAAGCAAGAUUCUUGAUCUGCUUCAGAGCAGCUUUGAUUUAAAGUAAUUUCAGAGCACUUUUCCUUGCAUAUGAGUAAUUUUCUGAAUGUAUAAAAUAUUCUAUUUAUAUUUGACCUUUUGGAUAAACUGUGUUGCUGCAGUGUUGGUCCACACUAUCAUCCUGAUUGAAGACUUAGUAAGUCUUGGGAUCUCCAGGCACUGGAAAGAGUGAGAACCUGGGACCGAAAGGGUUAUAGUUAGUGUCCAUUUUUCGGGUUUUGUUUCAUAGGGAGUCCUGAGUGGGGUAACCUGAAAUGUGUACAGUUGAAGACCAUCCUAUUCCUAUCCCCAGUAAAAAUAGGCCUUUCCACAAUCUUCUACCAGUUAACUUAGCUUUUUUUUUUUUCCUUUAAUAGAGUCUCAUUCUUGUCACCCAGACUGGAGUGCAAUGGCACGAUCUUGGCUCGCUGCAACCCUGCCCCCAGGUUCCAGCGAUUCUCCUGCCUCAGCCUCCCAAGUAUCUGGGAUUACAGGCGGAUGCCACCAUGCCCAGCUAAUUUUUGUAUUUUUAGUAGAGAUGGGGUUUCACCAUGUUGGCCAGGCUGGUCUCAAACUCCUGACCUCAGGUGAUCCGCCCAUCUAAGCCUUCCUUACUGGCAUGAGCCACCAGGCCCAGCCAACUAGCAUUUCUUAAGGUGAAAAUACAUGGUGUUAAUUUAUAUUUUGAGUGAGACCCAGUCCAGCUGCUAUAACUGCUUGGACACUUGGCAGAGGACAGAGUACUGCAAAACUUUAGAAGGGAGAGGGCAUUUUGCCUUGGGUGCUGUAGAUGUACAAGAGAGGUUCCAGGAGGGGGUGAUGGGCAGAAUUUUGGUCCCCAUCACCUUCCCUGCCCAGUGUUAUGCCUAUGAAUGUGUUACAUUAUGUGGUAAAAGGGACUUUGCAGAUGUAACUAAAAUUUCUAAAAUAGAGAUAUUAUCCUCAAUUACCUGGGGGAACUCAGUGUAAUUACAUGAACCCUUAAAAAUGGAAGAGGAUGCAGGAGUCAGAUUCAGAAGAAGGCCCAAGGUGCUAUUGCUGACUUGAAGAUAGAGGGGCCAUGUGGAAAUCAAGAGAAGGAGGUGAAUCCUGCCACUGAGGCUGGAAGAGCACCUUGAGGCACAGAUGAGAAACUUGGCCUUACCUGAUGCCGUGAUUUUAGCCUGGUGAGACCCUGAGUGUAUAAAUUUGCUGCACUAUGCCACACUUCUCACCUACAGAAACUUGGUUUAAAGCCACUAAGUUUGUGGCAAUUUGUUAUAGCAGCCACUUGGUUAAAGCCACUAAGUUUGUGGUAAUUUGUUACAGUAGAAAACAAAUAGAGGAAUACACACAGAAUUUGUGGGCUUUAGGCCCCUGAGGGUAGAGAUUUAUGACUUGUUAAGUAGAGAGCAGUGGAGAGUUGGGCUUUGUAAUUCUUUCAGGCGUGAUUAUAGUUCUGGAGUCCUGUCCACCUGGGUUCAGAUCUUUGUUGGCCAGUCCCUGGCUGUGCGACUUCACUGCUUUAAGCCUCUUUCUUCAUCCCUAAAGUGGAGAUGAUAGUACCUACCUCACUCUGAUCUCUGAAUAAGAACACAUGUAAUACACUUAGCACAGUUCCUGGUGCUCAAAGAGCUCCAACACCUGAAAGCACCAUGGCCCCGUUUGUUUUUCAGUCAAGAUUUCUAAAAGCUGUUAUUACCAGAGGUUCAGUGAGAACAUGGGCAGGGUAAACUCAAAAUGGAGAACAUAAAAACUGGGACUCCCAGGCCAGUCGCUUAGAAGACUGCUGCAGGAAGUGCCAAGGUCGUUAAGAAUCAGUAAUAAUAAGUAAUGUGUGAAUCCAUUAGAAUGUUGAGAAGUAGACCUUUGACAUUUCAGAAAAGUGUAUGUCUCAGACACAGCCAUAUGUAUCGUUAUCCCCAAGUUGGAAGAGCAUCACAGGGCAUAGUUUCACGAAAGCUUCAAAAAAUAUACUAAUUGCUGGUAAUAUGUGAACAGAAAAAAAUAGCCAUGUUAAAAUAGGAGUGCCUGACAAUUAGCUCUGUUCAUCUUGUCUCCUAGCUGUAAGCACCCUAGAUUCAAAUUAUGCACCUAGAAAACUAAAUUACUAUGUAUGUUAUAGGCCUUUGAAAUGGAUACAUGAAAAUCAGUGAAAUCAGAAUGAACGUUUCGCCUGCCAAAGAUAUGUAUUUUUAUAAGUGUUACAAGGGCCCCAUGAGCUCCAUGGCCACAUCUGUACAAAAUAGGCCCUCCUUUCAGGAACUGGUCUCGAGAGAGCAAAGGGGUCAGCUCCCUAAAUGGCAGCUGAGACAGUCCUCCCUGAUGGCAUGGCCCUGUUUCCUGUUUCCUGGCAUGUGAUAGUUGGAGAGUCAAAUUUUUACCAGAAUGUGUGAAUAUCAUCUCUGGUUAAUGAUUACACAAAAGCUUAAAUUUUUAAAAAAUUAUUUCUAAUUCUAUAAAUAAACUGCAGUUCUACAGCCACUGUACAGCUAACAUCUCAACACUGGAAAUGAGGCUGGUUUCUUCCAGUUUGGCUCAGAUGGGGAAGCCCAGUUAAGACAAACAGCUCUCUAUACUCAAUCCUUACUUCGCUGAGAAGAUACAGGCCUGCCCACUGGCUCCCACCUACUCUUCAUGAGGAGUCCUUUAUUCCUGCAUGUUUCCUGUUCUUUGGGACCUUUAGGAGCUAACCUCCACAGAUGCUGAUAGUCUGUAGAGUCAGGAAUACUAUGUAACAUGUUAAAGUAGACUAAAGAUUAGUUCUUUGGCAAUAGCCCAGUCUGGACUUACUGUGUACUUUUGAAAAUAAAACUGCUUAUUUGUAAACUCUGUAAUUAGUACCUUUUGCUAUUUGAGUUAUAUUCCUUUCUAACUUCAAAUGUCUGCAUUCAUGUAUGAUAGCCAUUUUAUGCACAGAUGAGAUGAUUCCCACACUUUCUUUCACAGAUGUUUCAUUAUCUGGAUGAGUGUAUUACAUAAUAAAUUUGAAUAAUGGUAGUCUUCCAAAUGACAAAAAGCAAGCUAGUUGAUUUGUCAAUUUUGAGUUUAAAUGUUUUGACUGCUUAUCAGCAAAAAAAUUCAAAGAGUAGCAUACUAAUAUUAAUGGAGAUGCAGAGUAUAUUUAAUUGGCAUGAUUUUUUCAUGGAUAUGUGUGCUUCAUUUGAUCUUCUAUUGUACGUAGCUCGUGAUCACAUUUUCUGUUGGUUAACAUUGUUCCUAGCUUAUAUGAUGGAAUUAAAUAUAUUCUGUGUAAAAA